AUGGAGGCGAUUACAAUUGGAUGGAGAAAACAAACACCCGGUAGAAUCGAAAUUGGGCCAAGACAGAAACAAACUCAGAAGCCUGUAUUGCACCAAACAGCACUUAGAAGACAACACCAACCACAGCAACCGGUAAAUAUUUUUCGUACAGAACCAGUGGUACCUAAUAAGGUGCACUUUCAAGAACAUCCUUAUGCACUACUUGCCCAACCAACCUUCAGUUCAAAAUCAUCAUCUGAUUCUGCUUUUCAAGUCGAAAUGUAUAACGAGCGGCGACUUUGUAGCGUACGAGCAGCCGUUGCUACAUUUAUUAUUGCUAUUCUAAUUAUAAUAGCUGCAGGUGUUUCGGUUGGGAUUGUAUUUGCUGCUAUAAAUUCUUCAGGUUCAUCGGGCAGUGGAAGUGGAAGUGACAAUAAGAAUUCAUAUACGACAAUAACAUUAGGAUCAGUAACCAGCAGCGUUAUUAUCGGCAGUCAAACUGGACCAGCAUGUUCAGCUUAUACACAAAUCGAUGAUCCAACACGAAGUAUUUAUAACAAGGCAUCAAGUUCCUCCUGUGAUAACGAAGCAAUAUUCAAUUCGACUGGCGAUGGAUCGUGGAUUCGGUUCGUUGGUACAGGUGGCACUUCCAUCCCGCUAUCAUCUGCUGGCACCAAUCAUUGUGGAGGUUACUUAUCUGGCUAUUUCAAUGAUACAUUACCAACAUCGGCAAGCCCGAUUGUAAAUGGAACAGUAUGUUUCGAUUCUCCUGCAAUAGAAUGCGGUUUUAGCCUGAAUGUGACAGCCGUCUACUGUGUUGCUGGUUUUUAUGUUUAUUUAUUACCACCUGUAGACGUGUGCAAUGCACGUUAUUGCACAAACUGA